UGUAUUACUGCAACACAUUUUAGCCUGACAAGAUAAAUUGAAUCCUAUAUUCAGUGUUUACUAGACCUAUCUCGCUUACCGUGACAACAUUUAAAAGAAAAUGAAGGAAAAUGAAUGUAGUGUUCUUGCGUGUCUGUACCUCGCCCUGCUCUUAUGCACAUUAACAAGAUAGGCAAACAGACACACGCUAGGGCUUUCAGGUUACAACACAAAUUUAAGCCCACUUCCCGACCGUGUCAUCUGAUCACGUGACACGCUCAGUCAUUCUUCUGCUAACCUAUUACCGGUGUGGACGUGAGUGUGGCUGUUUCAUGUGGAAUAUCUUCGGUGUACAAGUUUCCAACACAGCAUUUCUGACGCACCAUGGAUCUCGCAGACCCGAUUCAGGAGGAAGAGAAGGAGGCACAGCAAGAAUCGGUGACGGCCAUUGCAGGAGAAUUCUUCGGCACCACGACUAUUCAUGGCGUUGGUCGAGUAUUCAAGAAGAGCAACGUGUUCCGGCGAGUGGUGUGGUUCCUGGUGUUUCUGGUCUUCGUGGUGUGGUCCGUCUACCAAAUCGGUCUCGUCAUUACCGACUACAACCGCUUCUCCAAAGGCAUCAACCGAAAGGUCGUUGUUGAAACGAAUGUAAUGUUUCCUGCGGUGACAGUGUGUAACCUAAGUCCGCUCCCCCGCUCUCCUGCACUGGCUGACCAUCCCCUGUGGGCUCCGUUCAUGGAUAUUGUCGACUGCUAUUCUGGGAAAGACUCUUUGUCAAGAUGUGAAAGAAUGGAGAACGAACGACUUAAAAGGGACGUAAAGACAACGGAAGAAAAUAAAAUAAACCUAAUACAAAACCAGGAGAAGACAGAAGCCUCAUCUAAAUUGAGUCCACGUGCAAGAAUUUUAGAUAAUCGUGUACAGACCACAACCAGGCCUCCCCGGUCCCCACGACUGAAGAGGUCCUUUGGAACAGCGCAACCCCGGGAAUGUCUGCCAGGGAUGUUCAGGUGCAACGAUGGCAGGUGCAUUCACUCCCGUCAAGUUUGUGAUGGUGAUGGCGACUGCCGUGACAAGGAAGACGAGCAAACAUGCUGUGGGUGUCCAGAAAACCAUGUCGGCUGCAGCGACCAGUGCUAUCCCGAGUACAAGCGAUGUGACUAUUGCGGAGAAAACUGGCUGCGACGAUGUGAUCCCCCCUUGCAAAGAGGGGUAUUUUCAGUGCUCAGAAGGGAAAUGCAUAAGUAACCAUUUCCGUUGCGAUGGACAUCAAGACUGCAUUUGGCAUGGAGAAGACGAGAAAAACUGCACCACGUGUAAGGAAGGGUUUCUCUGCCAGACGGGGGAAUGUCUACCUUACUACUCGCGCUGUGACGUAGUGAAGGACUGCCCUGGCGGGGAAGACGAGAUUCAGUGCG